UGAUGCCCUCACUCAGUACACCCACUACGCGUGCUAUAACAGCACGCCCAAACUUCCCGAAAGCAAAACUCAGUUUAAAUUUAUCCGCCGGAAUAUGCGGAUGGACUCCCGCCGCCUGCCACCUAAAUCAUCACGCACCACGUCCUCUAACGGCGGCGGUCCUCUCCACCAUCACCAGAAGCGACCUGCUCCUUCCGUCGACAACCGCUCUCCAUCACCGACACCGAAAGCAUCAGACGCGCUUCCCCUCCCUCUCUACCUGACAAACGCCAUUUUCUUCACGCUUUUCUUCUCCGUAGCCUACUACCUCCUCCACCGGUGGCGUGAAAAGAUCCGUGACUCUACGCCACUCCAUGUCGUUACUUUCCCCGAAAUCGCCGCCAUUGUUUCCCUAAUGGCUUCCUUUAUUUACCUUUUAGGAUUUUUUGGAAUCGAUUUUGUUCAAUCAUUCAUCACGCGCCCUUCUCACGACGCUUGGGAUUUGGAAGAUACCGACAAUCCUAACUACCUCAUCAACGAAGAUCACCGUCUGGUUACCUGCCCUCCGCCAGUAAACGUCCCUCCCAUUUCCAAAUUACCCAAUCCUGAGCCAAUAAUUACACCUUUAGCCUCCGUGGAAGAUGAAGAAAUCGUUAAAUCCGUCACAGAAGGAACAUUGCCUUCAUAUUCGCUUGAAUCAAAGCUUGGUGAUUGUAAACGAGCAGCUGUGAUUCGACGGGAGGCGUUGCAGAGGACAACUGGGAGAUCUCUAGAGGGUCUACCUAUUGAUGGAUUUGAUUAUGAUUCAAUUUUAGGACAGUGCUGCGAAAUGCCGGUGGGCUACGUCCAGAUUCCGGUGGGGAUUGCCGGCCCUUUGUUGCUGAAUGGGAUGGAGUAUAUGGUCCCAAUGGCAACGACAGAGGGUUGUUUGGUUGCAAGUACGAACAGAGGGUGUAAGGCAAUGUCCGCUUCCGGUGGGGCUACUAGUGUUGUGUUGGCAGAUGGGAUGACUAGGGCUCCUGUUGUUAGAUUCGAGACGGCGAAACGAGCCUCGGAAUUGAAGUUGUUCUUGGAGGAUCCUGAUAACUUUGAUACCUUGUCCAUUGUUUUUAACAGGUCGAGUAGGUUUGCGAGGCUUCAAGGAAUUAAAUGCUCUAUGGCUGGGAAGAAUCUUUAUAUGCGAUUUAAAUGUAGUACCGGGGAUGCAAUGGGGAUGAACAUGGUCUCUAAAGGGGUUCAGAAUGUGCUUGAUUUCCUUCAGAACGAUUUCCAUGACAUGGAAGUUAUUGGCAUUUCUGGUAAUUUUUGUUCGGACAAGAAACCUGCGGCUGUAAACUGGAUUGAAGGACGUGGGAAAUCGGUUGUUUGUGAGGCAAUUAUCAGGGAAGAGAUAGUCAAGAAGGUGUUGAAAACAAGUGUUGCUUCCCUUGUGGAGCUCAACAUGCUCAAGAAUCUUGCUGGUUCUGCUGUUGCUGGUGCUCUUGGUGGAUUUAAUGCCCAUGCCAGCAAUAUUGUCUCUGCAAUCUUCAUAGCCACUGGCCAGGAUCCAGCACAGAAUAUUGAGAGUUCUCACUGCAUUACCAUGAUGGAAGCUGUUAACAACGGAAAGGAUCUUCACAUCUCUGUGACUAUGCCUAGCAUUGAGGUGGGUACAGUUGGAGGUGGAACUCAACUUGCAUCGCAAUCCGGCUGCCUGAAUCUACUUGGUGUCAAGGGUGCAAGCAAAGAGUCACCUGGCUCAAACUCAAGACUCUUGGCUACCAUAGUAGCUGGUUCAGUUUUAGCCGGGGAGCUCUCUCUAAUGGCUGCCAUUGCACAAGGGCAGCUUGUCAAGAGCCACAUGAAAUACAACAGAUCGAGCAAAGACAUAUCCAAAGCUGCAUCUUAGUGAGAAGGCAGUGUGGUCUAUCAAUGAUGUAAGGGAAAUAAAAGAGAGAGAAAAUGGUGUAGUAGGAAAAAAAAUCAAGGCUAUAGGUACCAUGUGAGAUUUGAUUAGCUUGCACAGGUGUAAAGGUGCUAUUGUAUGAAGUGGGGGGGAGGAAUGAGAACAUGGAUCAUCGUGCUUUGUGCUCCUCCCUCCGCUCUCUCUGCAAACAUGGCUGUAUCCUCUGAUCACAUGUGGGCGAGUGAUUCUUCCCACCUAGUAUAUGUUUCUGUCUUGUUGUGAAUUUUUCAAGUCCUUUCCUCUCUUCUCCUAGUUGUUAAUACUUAAUAGACAAUUAUUA